CUUCCCACUCGCCGUCAGCGUGGCGCACGCGCUGAUUGGCUGAGUCGCCCUAGCGGGGCGGAAGCGGGUGGCGGGGCGCACGUGGGCGCGGGACCGGGAUGGAGCCGGGCUGUAGUACCGGCCUGCGGGAGCAGGUGGUGACUGAUCUCCCCCAGGCCUUGGCCCUGCUGACGGCGCUCCCAGAGCAGGUGGCCGCUGUGACCGCGCACAUCCAGGGGCUGCUGCAGAGGGUCCGGGCUGGCGUCUUCCCCACUGCCAAGGGCCUGAGCUUCCUGGUGCUGCGGCCGCAGCUGCUGCUCUUCUACCUGCAGGACCUGGCGGCCGUGCUGGCAGCCAAGGCGGGGGGGCGCCCGCUGGCCGGCACCGCCUCUCCCCUGCGCCUGGCAGAGCUGCGCACGGUGCUGGAGAAGAUGCGGCCCAUCGACCACAAGCUCCGGUACCAGGUGGACAAGCUGGUGCGGGCAGCGGCCACCGGGGCCCUGGGGGGGGAUGACCCACUGCGCUUCCGGCCCGACCCCAGCAACAUGGCCAGCAAGCUGAGUGAGGAUGAAGAGGAGGUGGCCAGUGGCCCAGACCCUGGGAAGAAACCCGCAGCUGCAGGAGGGAUCCGGAAAUACAUCCCACCCCGUCUGGUGCCGGUUCACUAUGAUGAGGGUGCAGCUGCCCGGGCCCAGCGGCGCCAGGAGCAGGCCACGCGCCGAGCGCUGAGCAGCUCCGUCAUUCGGGAGCUGCGAGACCAGUUCUCAGAGGCCCCUGAGGAGAUCCGGGAGGGUAUGGCCCCCCAUGCCGCCCGCCACAGCCGCGAGGAGACACGCCGGACCCAGUAUGAGGAGAGUAUGCUGGUGCGGCUGGGCCGGAGCCGGCAGGAGCAGGCGUGGCGGCGCAAGGAGUCUGCCCCGGGUGCCCAGCUUGGCGCCCUCACCCGCUUCGGGGAUAUCAGCGCCCUCACGGGCCCUGUGGGGACGGCUGGAGAGACACGGGAGCUGAGUCCCCCAAGGAAGAGGAAGAAGAUCAGUGUGAAGAAGGGGAAGAAAAAAGCUUUCCGCCGGCGACGCUAGCCCCCCCCCCCCCUCGCCUGGGCCAGGAGUGUUGCCCCCUCUGGGGCAAAAAAAAACAUUGGUGGCAAUAAAAAGGACUCUUCACCCCAAAACAUUUCUCCUAGAUCCUCAGUCCUCAGGGGGGGCUUUAGUACUCAUCCCUCCCCCCAUUUGUUAUAGGGACUACAGGUACCAGCCAGUUCCCAGAAUCCUUUGCAGAAUGGGGCAAAGAAUUAUGGGUAUUCUUGGUUGAAGCUGAGAGCUGGUUUUAGGGGCAGGGUUUGCUGGGAGCUGUGUUGGGGUAGGGCAUGCUGGAAAGUGGUUCCAUGAUGGCCAGGCAUGCUGGGAGUUGUGGUUCUAGGGGACAGCAGGGUGUGCUGGGAGUUGUGGUUCUAGGGGGAGCAGGGCAUGCUGGGGGCUGUGGUACUAGAAAACAGCAUGCUGGGAGCUGGGAGGGGUGCUGGUGGGGGGGGAGCAGGUGUCUGGUUUCCACUUCUCUGAUUGGUUGCCUAUUGCCAUGGGGACUGAGAAGCUGUAAUUAACUGCAGCAGUGGGGAACCUCAUUAGGGAGGGAGGGAUGGCACUAACCCCUCAAAUGCCAGGAGCCUGUAUUUUCUCCCCAGCUCUGCCAGGGGGUAGGAAGUGUGGUUGGUCUGAGCAGGUGGGAAUGGGGGCCCUAGACACCUGGGUUCUUGGGGAGGGCACUGGGGUCUGAUGAUUUCAACAUGGGGGAGGAAGGCUAGACCACCUGGGUUAUCUCCCCAGUUCUGCCGGGGGGGGGUAGUGGGGUUUGAUGGGUUAGAGCAGGGGAGGAUGGGGAGCCUAGGCACCUGGGUUCUCUACCCAUUGGCCAGUCCUGGUAGGUGGUGGGAGCUGGUACCUUGGAGAACAUCACCCCCCAAACCCUAACUAGUGCCAGCGCUCAUUAACACACCUGUUAAACUAACAUCUAAUUUUUCAGGGGUGCUUCCAGCCACUGAUUAGGGAUAUACUGGAAUAGGACUGGGCCCCACAGGUUACCAAAUUAAUGUUGAUGACUAACAAGUAUAGCUAAUUAACCGAGAACAGUGGCUGCAAAUUAAUCAGGUGAUCAAUGAAAGUGGCAUCAGCAAGUUGUAGCUCCAGCCAUGUGGCUAAGAAUCAGUAAUUAGCAGGGGUGUUAAUGAGCUUUUCCAGCUAAUUGGCACCUCCUCUUUAAUAGACCAAUUAAUGCUAAUAAUGGCAGAUAAUGCAAUAAUAAUUAUGAAUAGUUCUACCAAUUAGGAUAUGGGGAAACUCAUUAAUAUGCUAUUAGAAUUGAGCUAAUUCUAUUAAUAGGAAAGCCAAGGUGCAUCAAUAGCAACUAAUUAGUAAGAGCACUAAUUAGCACCAGCUAAUAAAUACCUGCUUCAGUGGCCAGAACAGCCACCAUCCAAACACCAUCAGCCUAGGAGCUAUUAAUAGCAAUAGCUUCCAAAGUAAUUAAUAGGAGCUAUUAAUAGCAAUGCCUGUUAGGCUUCUGCCAAUUAAUCUGAGCCACUGUGAGCAACAUAUUAAUUGGUUGUUUUGAUGCUAAUUGGUAAACACUAUUGAUAGUGCUAUUGGUUAGCAAAAACACCAGCUGAACUAAAGGUGUUGUUUUAGGCCUUGUUUAAUGAAUUGGUUUAAUUUAGUUUGUUAAUUAGCAAUAGUUUCAUAGUUGGAGACUUUGCUAGUUUCUACUGUUUUGCUAGUUGGUAUAAACAAAUUAGACAUUAUACUAUCAACUAUCCAUUAUUUAAUUAAAUGUAUUGAUUUUUUUUUUUUCCCAUAACAAGUUAGGUAAUAAUGUAAUUUAUAUCAAAAUCAUAUAAUGAUAUAAAAAUAUAUCUUAUAACUAGGUAGAUAAUAAUAUUAUAUAUAGCAUAUAUUAAAAAAAAUUAUACAAGUUUUCCCUUGCUUUAUGUGGUAUGUACAGUUUUUUUAGGAAUGCAUCUAACUCAAAUUUGCAUAACGGGUACCCACUUUACAAGGUAACAAAUAGGGAUACUUUCCAAGACCUCCACUGCAUCAGCAACAUAUAAGUCUGCUGGGGCCAGGGCAGCACAGGGCUCUUCCUGGCCGAGGGCGGUGCUGGGAGGGAGGUUAUGGGGCAUGGGGCUGCAGCCACCCCAAAAUUGGCCAUAGCCCCUCUAGGCACCCUCCCUGUGUUGCCACAGCCUGCCCUGAGUGCAGUGCAACCCAGACCCCCUGCCAGGAAGAGCCCAGUCCCAGGGCCUGGGGUGUGUGGGGCCUCGGUCUGCCCCCCUGCUGGGGGUAAGGGAGGGGUUGGGGUUGGGGCUGGAGCCAAGGCAGGUGCUGGACAACUGGGGUGGAGUGUGGGACAAGGCACAGUUUCUGUUGCUAGGGGCUGCUGCUGGGGCCAGGGACCACACUGGGCUCCCCCAUGUGGGGGGUGGCAGUGCUGGGUGGGGGGGCGCCUAUGUCAUAUUUUGGGGUGGCUUCUAGCCCCCCCCCCCACAGGAUCCCCCUUCCCAGCACCAUCACCACCUGCUCCAAGUGCAGCCUGACAGCCUCCACUGGGAAGAGCCUGGUGCGGCCCCUGGCCCUAGCCCACAGCAGCAGCCUGUAGCAGCAAGAGCUGCAACCCCCCCCCCCCAUCCUGCACCCUCCUCUGGGUGUGCAGCACCUGCUUCUGCCCCAGCUCCACUCCCCCUCUCCACUGGUGGGGGCUGCAAACUGAGGCCCCACUCACCCCAGCCCAUGUUCCCACCUGUACCCUGCUCCUUCCCUCACUGCUGGAGCCUCAAUCUGUGCCCCUUGCCCAUGGCCCUUUCUCCCCACCCCCACAGACUUACCUGCUGCAAAUUGUAUGAGAGUGAAUUUACCUCGUAUAUAAUGAAUUUUGGGUGUAAAAAGGGUCAUGGCAUAAGUGAAUUUGAAUAUACAGAGCCCACAAAAUGUGAAGGGAAACCUGUGUGAAGUAAUAUAAUAUAAAAUAUAUAAUAUAACAAGGUAGGCAAUAAUUUAAUUAAUCAGCUAUCUAGUUACAUAUAUGUGAGCUAGAUCUGUGAACUCUUCAGUAGUUUCUCAUUAGCAGCUCUAGUUUGGACACAACUUACUGAUAGAAACUAGUAAUAGCUACAUGUAUGAGGAUCUGGAAUGGCUAAUUAAUAAAGUUACUAAUUAGCACUUAUUAAUAUUCAUAAGGAUAGUUUUUCACAUUAAGUAGCACUGCCAUUGUUAAUGUGUUUGUUAAACGUUGUAUUAAUAAGUGUAAUAGUAAUUAAUACCUCAGCAGGUUGUUAUUAAGGAUGGUUUGAUUAGUAUAAAUUAUCAUAGCAACCAGCAAUGCCAGUCGAGUUGGAGGAAGAAAUUAAUACCUAUUAAUUGCAAAGGGCACUUGCAUUCAGACCAGCUAGGAUGAAAACAAUGGGGAUUUUUUCCUGAACAGCCAAUUAAUGGAUAGCAAUAGAAAUUAUCACCUAGCAGCUAAUGAAAUGACCUCACAAAUACAAAUAAUAAUAUGAGGGUUAAUAUGAUGAAUGUGGAUGAGCAUGCAUAUAUUUGUGUUUAUAUUUCAAGUUAAACAUUAAUAUUAAAUAAUAGCUGCUUCUAUCAUGGGUUAAUACUGUAUCUGUAAUAUUAAUAUAGAAUAUUAAUGUGUACAGGAAUAUUAAUAUAAUGAAAGUAGCCUCAUCCUGUAAUUGUGCUAUACACAAAUGCAAACAAUCAAGAGUUGAAACAUUCAUAGCACCAGCUAAUUUAAUAUGGCUGAGAUCAAUCAAUAUGGCCUUCCCUUCCGAUUGCAACUUGUUUGUCAAUCUCAAUAGCUGCCCCUGCAGUAAUUAGUUUUACUGACUCCCAGUGAUCAACAGGGAUCUUCAUUAGUGCUGAAUAUUGGUAAACAACCAUAGUAGGAUCAAUUGGCAUUAAAGCCAGGUAGUGAAUUGGAAUUAAGUUCUGCUAAUUAGCUUUGAGAACUAACUGAUGAAUGACCUUAAUUAGAAUAAAUAUUAACAUAAGAAUAGCACUCUUAACAAUCUUUAGUAUGUAUAUACCUAAAUAAGACAGUAGGUUUAUUAAUUGUAUUUAAAAACAACAAGGGUUACCCUCUAAGUGUAGGUCUUAUUGCAGUAUUAAUAUUUUAGCAAUUGGUUUAAACAAUUAAUAUUGUCUCUAUCAAAUAGCGUUAAUGCUAGUAAUCAUUGUAUUUAGUAAAUUAUCUAAACAGUAUUAGCAAUAAAAGUAUGUAUUUACGUUAUUACGGUAAUUAUUACUAUUGUUAUUACUGCUGCUACUAGUACUUUCACUAUUAAUUUAAAGUACAUUAUCAAAUAAUGUAACUUGAUGAUGAUAAUGUAUAAUAUAAAAAAUACAUUUAAAGAGAAAUCCAGUCCCCUAAAGUAUACAUAGUCAGGUAAAAGUGGCUACAACCGAAAGUGGUUAUUAUUAGCAGUUCUAUUCAUAAUCCUCCACCAUAAAUGCAGUGCUGACUAGAAAUUGAUUAAUAUCGGUUAUUGAUAAGAUAUUGGUCAUUACUUUUUGCUUUUUUUUUUAUGCAGUAAUAUGUAACUUUGUAUAGUUUAGAUUAAUUAAAAGCAAUACAACUCGUUACAGGUGACCUUACAACCAGCCAUGACAAUUAUUCCACAAUGACAGCAAAUUAAAAACUAAAUGUGGAAUAAUUGUCAUGGCUGGUUGUAAGGUCACCUGUAACGAGUUGUAUUGGUUUUUAUUGUAAAUAAUCCUCUGUCACCAUUGUAGAGUCACCUGUUGCUAGUUGUAGAUUAAAAACAAUACAUCUAGUGACAGGAGACUCUACAACAAUGACGAUUAACCCACAAGUAGUUACUAAUUCGCUGUCAUUGUUGCAGAGUCACUUGUAUCUAAGCUGUAGAACUAGUUAAUUGUAUUAGUCACCCAUUUAUACAAUUAGCCAUUUAUCUCUUAAACCAUACAACUUGUUACUGGUAACUCUGUAAUGAUGAUUAUACAUAAUUGGCCAUUGUAUUAUGCUUGUUUAGAUGAUCACUAUUAAUUAUUUGUAUUGUUUUAGUAACAGAUGACUAUAUAACUAUGUGAAUGAAAUACACCAUUAAUCACUAAUAUGUCAUGUAGCCACCUGUUGUUGUUUGUAUUGUUUUAGACUAAUCUGCAAUUAGCCAUUCAUUUGCCUAAACGGUACAAAUAGUGAUAGAUGCUUAUAUGGCCCCAACAAUUAAUCCACUAUUAAUUGUUAAUUUUAUUGUCAACGUUAUUUACUUAAGUGUAAAUACUAUUUGUUGUAUCAUUCUAGAUUAGAAGCAAGAACUCAAUUGCUCAUUACUUACAGCUGUUAAUAGUUUCCAUCAGGACUGGCCAAAUGGCUUCUGGGUUAAGAAGUUCACUCAUAGUGGGAAAUAAAUCUCAUGGUUGCCUGUUCUGCCUCCAUAUUUAGGGCCUCUUGUGUGCCCCUGAACAUAGUACCCACCUUUCCCCCCUUUGUUCUGCCUUUCAAAAUCAAGAUUUUUCCAGCUGCCCCAAACCACCUCUUCAGCUGGCUCACCUGCCCAUUCUUGAUGAACUAUAGCUAAAACGCUAGGUGCUGUUUCAGACUGGGGGGGCCCUGCCUGAAGUCUGGGGGUUCAUGGGGUUGUGGUUCCUAAGGUUUGGGGGUAUCAUAUCUGGGGUCCCAUGAGAACCUAGGCUGGUAUUUUGUGGGGAAGGGGUCAAGGCUUCUGGAGGGGUGUGUUGGCCCUCCAGGCAUGAUGGGGGUGGGGGGAGCAUACCUAGGUUCAACUUCAGAGGUUCAUCUCCCUUCUUUUCCCCAUCCUGAUGUUUCCCCACCACUCAUGCCCCACCACAAGCCCUGUGUGUAGGUAGCAUUGUGGGAUAUCUGGAUUUGGUCAAGGCUUGUGCCCAAAGCUGGUGGACCUUCAAAUCUCAGGACCUUCAGAUUUCCCCCCACACCAGUCUCCAUCCUGUCAGCUCUGGGACUCUAGCAUUGGAAACCUACACCUGGCCCCCAAUUCAAAUCCACCACCAGAAACAGAUCCACGGAACCGCAGAUUUGGAUCUUUUCCAGCUUUUCCUUUCACAAAAAACAGCACCAAACUGGUAGUCGGCCACGAAAGCAUCUUCUGAGGAGGGUUAAGUUUGACGCCGGUCAGCUUCAGGACUUAGCUAGGGUUUCUAUGAUUUUAAUAAUUUUUGCCUGUUGGUUAUACUGUACAAAUGAAUAUUUCAUUUUCAUAUUUCCUCUCUUCUUUUGCCCCUGUCAUGUCUUAUGGCUAGCUACAUUUGGGAAGAAGCUGGAAUUUGAAUAUUUUGCGGGGGGGGGGAAUUUUUAGCAGGAGAGAAGUUGCAAUUUGGUCUUUUUUUUUUUUUAAACAGAUGAAAUACAAUUGGUCCAAUAAAAACUAUCAUCCUAAGAAA